GAAUUCAGCAGCGAAUCCUGAGCGAGGGGUAGUGGAACAACCACCACAGCAUUGGACUAUAGUGGUAACCUUAGGUCCUAACGCAAUGGUGCUCCCGAUAAGAUAUUUUCCAAUUCAUGUGGCACUUAUUUGUUUGCUAGAAUGGACCCAUAUAUCAGGCUUCAACCUGGAUACCUUGAAUGUCCUGAGGAAAGACGGAGAACCGGGCAGUUUAUUUGGAUUCUCUCUAGCAUUGCACCGGCAGCUUAAUCCUUCAGAUAAGACAAUACUGUUGAUUGGAGCACCAAGAGCCAAAGCACUGGCCAACCAGAGAGCCAACAUAACCGGUGGCCUGUACAGUUGUGACAUCACCACCGAAUCCGAUGACUGUGACCGUAUCGAUUUUGACAAUGAAGAGGAUGUGAGAGUUGAGAACAAGGAGAACCAGUGGAUGGGGGUGACAGUUAACAGCCAGGGCCCCGGAGGGAAGAUUGUGACCUGUGCUCACCGCUAUCAGAGACGUCUGUUUGUGGACACUGCUCAGGAGUCCCGUGACAUCACAGGACGCUGCUACAUCCUGAGUCAGGACCUCACUAUUGAUACAUCCUCUGAUGAAGAUGGAGGGAACUGGAGGUUCUGUGAGGGCAGAGCCAGAGGCCAUGAGAGGUUUGGCUCCUGCCAGCAGGGUCUGGCUGCCACUUUCACCAAGGACUACCAUUACAUGGUGUUUGGAGCGCCUGGCGCCUACAACUGGAAAGGCAUAGUACGUGUAGAGCAAAAGAACAAUACUUUGUUGGAAAGGGGAUUUUAUGAUGAUGGGCCUUAUGAAGUUGGAGAUGAGAACCGCUUGGAUCCUGACCUGGUGCCUGUGCCUGCUAACAGCUACUUAGGAUUUUCCCUUGAUUCUGGACAUAGCAUCACCAAGGGGCGUGGCCUGACCAUUGUGUCUGGGGCACCUCGAGCCAAUCACUGUGGGGCUGUGGUCCUGUUGAGAAAAGAGAAUGAAGCGUCCGCAAGACUCUCCCCAGAGUACAUUCUAGAAGGGCCUGGACUGGCAUCUUCUUUUGGAUAUGAUGUAGCUGUGGUCGACCUGAAUGGAGAUGGGUGGCAGGAUAUUGUUGUGGGAGCCCCUCAGUUCUUCAUGAAAGAGGGAGACUUUGGAGGAGCGGUUUAUGUCUACAUCAACCAGGCAGGAAAGUGGGACAAGAUCACCCCAAUCCGCCUCAAUGGAACCAAAGACUCAAUGUUUGGGCUGGCAGUGGAGAACAUCGGUGACAUCAAUCAGGACUCCUAUCAAGACAUUGCUGUUGGAGCGCCCUAUGCUGAUGCUGGGGCAGGAAAAGUGUACAUUUACCACGGUUCUGCUAUUGGAAUCAACACCAAGCCGGCACAGAUCCUUGAGGGAAUUCCCAACAACAUCAGAUUAUUUGGAUAUUCUCUGGCUGGGAAUAUGGAUUUAGAUAAGAAUUCCUAUCCUGAUAUAGCCAUUGGGUCUCUUUCAGAUACAGUUCUCGUUUACAGGGCAAGGCCAAUUAUUAGCGUCAAGAAGGAUGUCAAAAUUACUCCAAAGGAAAUUGACUUCACAAAGAAAACCUGUGGCAACAGUAUCUGCUUGACCGUGGAGGCAUGUUUCACCUAUAAAGCAAACCCUGUAUCCUACAGCCCAAAACUAACUAUCCGCUAUGCAUUUGAGGCUGAGGCAGAUCGCAGGAAGCAAGGGCUUCCCUCCAGGGUCCUCUUCCUCAACAAGUCUCGCACCGACCAGGACUUCCAGUCGACCGGAACUCUGGACCUCCGGGGACAAAACAAAAGAGCUUGCACCAAGACGAAAAUCAGACUGCAGGAUAACAUUAGGGACAAGCUGCGUGGUAUUCCCAUUGAGGUGUCAGUGGGAAUCCAGGGUACCAAGCGUCAGAAGAGGCAGAACGCUCUCCCCCAGCUUGUGCCUAUUCUUGACAACUCCCAGCCAAGCAAGGUCGUCACUGAGGUGAACUUCUUAAAGGAGGGAUGUGGAAAUGAUAAUAUUUGCCAGAGUAGCUUACAACUGGAGUACAGAUUCUGCUCCAAAGAGCUCAACCAAGAUAUAUUUCCCCCAUUACCUAUGGAGAAUGGGCUACCAGUGAUCUCCCUCAGUGAUCAGAAGGACAUAGCUCUGGAGGUGACAGUGAAGAACAGAAAUGGGGAUGAUGCCCAUGAGGCUAAGCUGGUGGGAAUGUUCCCCAAUGCUCUCUCAUACUCCGGCUUCCGCUCUCAGAAAACAGCGAGGGAUAAACCGGUUCUCUGUUUAGCCAAUCAGAAUGGCUCCCAAACAGAGUGUGAACUGGGGAAUCCAUUCAAAAGAGAUUCAGAGGUUACUUUCUACAUAAUCUUGAGCACUGCUGGUAUCUCUCUCAAUACCGCAGAAAUCGAUAUUGACCUUGAGCUUCAAACGACCAGUACACAGGACAAAAUGGGCAGAGUGAAAGCAAAGGCUAAAGUAGUGAUUGAGCUGUUACUUUCUGUUGCAGGAGUUGCGAGACCCUCCCAGGUGUAUUUUGGGGGCGAUGUGAAAGGAGAGAGUGCCAUCAAGACAGAAGAGGAGAUCGGCAGUUUGAUUGAUUAUGAAUUUAAGAUAAUCAAUUUGGGUAAGCCGUUGAAGUCCUUUGGCACAACCUCAUUGAACAUCCAGUGGCCCAAAGAGAAUGUGGAUGGGAAAUGGCUGUUAUAUCUGGUUAAGAUCAGCACCACUGGCCUGGAAGAGAUCCCCUGCUCCCCAGAGACUGAGAUCAACUCUCUCAAACACAUUCAGGAGUCCAGCACAUCUAGGAAAAAGCGUGAAGUUGGAGGCAAAAAACCCGGAGACAAAAUCUCUUUGUUAUUGGACCAAAAAAAGCACAGGAUUUUGAUGUGUGGCAAUGGCUAUGACGCUAGAUGUGUGGUGAUCAAGUGCCCUCUACAGGGCUUGGACAGUAGUGCAGUGAUUGCUCUGAGAUGCCGUCUGUGGAAUGCUACUUUCCUUGAGAAUUAUGCAUCUUUGAACUAUCUUGAUAUAAUUGUGAAAGCUUCCAUCAGCCUUGAUGCUCCUGCAAAGAAUAUGGUUCUCAGGAAUGCUGAGACUCAGGUGAGAGUCACAGUGUUUCCAGAGAAGGCAGUAGCCCAGUAUGGUGGAGUUCCAUGGUGGAUCAUCCUUGUGGCUGUCCUGGCUGGUAUUCUGAUGUUGGCAUUGCUAGUGUUUCUACUCUGGAAGUGUGGAUUUUUCAAACGUUCCAAACAGGAUGACAGCGUUCCAAGAUACCAUGCUGUACGGAUAAGGAAAGAGGCUCGUCAGUUCAAAGACGGGAAAGCCAAGGUGGAUUCCUUUGAGAAAAAACAGUGGAUGACAAGCUGGAAUGAGAACGAGAGCUACUCAUAAGACACUUGAUUGUUGGGAUGCUGUCAGAGACAAGAAUCUCCCAUUUUUCUAAACAUCCCAGUGUCACGAACCCAUUGAUCUUAGUUAUUUAUUUUGUACAGUCUAAUCUCCAAUGACUGCAUUUGUGAAGCAAACUACAAAAUAUACUUUUUCUAUUCUCCCCAAGGAUUCUCAGAUCAAAACCGUGUCCUAUCCUAUCUGAGGAAAUGAGAAGCAUCACAUCUUACAUUUGGGUAGAGUGCGAAAAAGGAAAUUAAUACAUUUUUAUUUAUUUUUUAUCUGCCACUGAUACAGUUUUUUUUUUGCAUGAACAAUUUCAGUCUCCAAUGUUUCGCUGUAGAUAGUCUUUUUUUUUUUUUGCGUUCAGUUUUAUCCAAUCUCUAUUGUAUAAUCCCUGCAAUGUAUAGACUGGAACAUUUUGUAUGUUUGUAUAUAUUUAAAUACUUUAGCACACUGUAUAUUUAUUUUGGUCAUUAUCUGUAAAAAAAAAAAAGAAAAAAGAAAAAGAAAAACAUAUGCAUUGGCCAAAUACUUUUUCAUCUAAAGGUUACUUUUCAGUAAGAGCAAAUGUUACUGCCGAUUUUCUAGGGCUGCACAGACUAAAAAGUAGCUACAGGUAUUAUGCGAAUAAAAUUGUCAUUGGGACUCAUUCUUUGCACUUGUUUUGAUUAUAAAAAGGUCUGUAAUUUCAAUACACCCUAUUAGAUAUAAUGAGUUUGAGUUAUAACUAUGAUUCACACCAUACCUUUGUUUAUCCCCCUGUACUGGGAAAUACUUCAGUUAAUAGCAAUGCAGCUGGGACAGCUUGAGCCAACAAGCAAUAAAAUGCAGAUUAUUGUUUAGCUAAUUGUAUUUUAAGGAUGUGUGUGUCUUAAAGAUUAAGAUGACACCUGACACAAUAUUCAUACCAUAUACACACCUAAAUGUAGACUUCAGAAAGAUUGUGAUCUUGUUGAUUAAUAAUCUUCAUCAUUGUUUACUUGUAGUUAUGGCCAGGUCCAGGUGAUGGAGUUUGAAAUGGCCACUUCAAAUUGGUUGUUCUCACAUAAUAGGAUAUUAAAAAGAAGAGGAGGUUUUAAAAAAUGUAAUAUCGUUCACUGUGAUAAGAGGUGCCACCCUAAACUAUUAUUGUUCACGCCUGACAAUCCUGGAAUGUUUUGUUUACAUUGAAAUCUAAAUGUAUGUUUUAUCUGUGGUCCUCUGUAGCUCAGCUGGUAGAGCAUGGCGCUUGUAAC